CCUCAGCUCCGCUUCAACCAAACUCAAAGCUCCGGCAGCAGCUUCCUGUUCUUCUGACAGGAGAGAGGAGGAGGAGGAGAAGUGAGGAGCAAGUUUACACCUCUGAGAGGAUUGCAGCCCGACACCACAGCAGCUCUUCAUCCCUCUGCCUGUGCCUAUUCAUCCCUCUGGUGGUGCCUCUUCAUCCCGCUCUUCUUCGGAGGUGCAGCCGCGCAGGGCCAGCCUGAAUGUGUCUGUGUGUUUGACUCAAUUUGGGUCCUGUCAGACGAGGUGAAUGUACAGCAUCAUGAUGGAGACGGACUUACAUUCCCCCGUGAUGUCCCAGACCAACCCAUCCAACCCGGGGGGACACGGCGGAGGAGGAGGCGGGGGCCCCGGAGGCAAGGUCCCCCAGGAGCGCAUCAAGAGACCCAUGAACGCCUUCAUGGUGUGGUCCCGGGGCCAGCGCAGGAAAAUGGCACAGGAGAACCCCAAGAUGCACAACUCGGAGAUCAGCAAGAGGCUGGGGGCCGAGUGGAAGGUGAUGACUGAGGCGGAGAAGAGGCCGUUCAUCGACGAGGCGAAGCGGCUCCGGGCCAUGCACAUGAAGGAACACCCGGACUACAAGUACCGGCCGCGCAGGAAGACCAAGACGCUGCUGAAGAAGGACAAGUACUCGCUGGCCGGGGGGCUGCUCGGCUCCUCCGCGGGGGUCGGGAUGGGCUGCGGGCAACGGCUGGAGAGUCCCGGCGGCCACCCAGGGGCGAACGCGGGCUACGCGUCUCAUGUGAACGGCUGGGCGAACGGAGCGUACUCCGGCCAGGUGGCGGCUGCCGCUGCUGCGGCGCACGCAAUGAUGCAGGAGGCGCAGCUGGCGUACACGCAACACCCGGGCAACGGGGCUCACCCGCACCAUCACCCGCACCACCACCCGCACAACCCGCAGCCCGUGCACAGGUACGACAUGAGCGCCCUGUCGUACAGCCCCAUCUCAAACUCUCAGAGCUACAUGAGCGCCUCUCCGCCGGGAUACGGCGGCAUCACCGGCUACACUCACCAGCACCAGAGCUCCGGCGUGUCCCCGGUGUCCGGGGUGAUCGGGGGGACGUUGGGGUCCCUGGUGAAAUCUGAGCCCAGCGUGAGCCCCCCGGUUUCCUCAGGCCGCGGGCCGUGCGCCACGGGGGACCUGCGGGACAUGAUCAGCAUGUACCUGCCCCCCGGAGACCCGGCGGGAGACGUUCAGAGCAGACUGCAUGUGUUGCACCCGCAGCACUAUCCGAGCAGCGGCCCCGCUCCGGUCAACGGGACGGUUCCUCUGACGCAUAUUUAA